CAUUAAUGGAUUUAUAUAGUAGUCAUACUCAUACUACGGGCAGCUGUUGACUUGAGAACAUCCAUUGAACUGUUUGCGACACGAUGGUUUCAUCCAAAAUCCUCUUCUUGGCAGUUAUUGCCGCGGUGCAAGCUAUCGACGUUGACGUCGCGGUCGUAGGCGGCGGUGGAUCUGGUGGUUAUGCCGCCGUCCAGCUCCGAGAGAACUAUGGCAAGAAGAUUGUAGUCAUUGAGAAGCAAAAGCAGUUGGGUGGCCACGCACAGUCUUGGUACGAUCCAGUCACGGGAAAGGCGUACAACUAUGGCGUCGACGCCUUCACGAAUAUCACCGUCUCAGUUGACUUCUUCAAGCAACUCAAAGUUCCCAUUGGGCCAGUCCAGUCUGAACAAGUACGAAAUUUGUACGUCGACUUCAAAGAUGGCAAAACAGUCGACUACACGCCUCCAACCACGAAAGAGGCCGCUGAUGCUAUGGGAAAUUAUCGUGACCAGUGGCUCAAGUACACCGACAUCCUCUUACCUACCAGCGAGCACUUCCCACGAGGUGACAAGGUUCCGUCGGAUCUUCUGCUGUCUUGGUAUGAGUUCGCGCGCAAGUACAAGGCAGAGGCUGCGAGUCCAAGCAUCUGGGAUACUGUUGUCGUCGAUCUCAACACUGCGUUGAUGAUUGAUGUUUGGAAAGCAUGGAAUCCCAGCGUAGGAUCGUUCCAGCCAGCAUCGGGUGAUAACACAGAGAUCUGGCAGAAGGCUGCUAAACUUCUAGGCAAAGAUGUUCUCUAUGAGAGUGAAGUAGUCUCGGCUAAGCGAAGCAAGAGCGGGGUCAAGCUUCAGGUUAGAGACAAGGAUGGGCAAGUCAUCAACAUCAACGCCAAACGACUUCUGAUCACUAUCGGACCCGAGACGAUCAACCCAAAAUACUUUGACUUGAACAGUGAAGAACUGGAAGUCUUCCACUCCGCUGCCGGCAACCGCUAUUACACUGGCAUCGUAUCUCACCCGUCAUUGCCUGCAGCUGAGAUCACCAAUGUUGUCCCAGCUGCCAUCAACGAAAACUAUCUCGCGUAUCCAACCGUCCCCUUCCAAGCCUACUUUCACUAUAAAGGAAAUUCUUCCACCGGACCUAUCCACCGCGCUUUGGCUAUCGUUCCGAGGGAUACUUCGAUUGAGGAUGCCAAAGGCCUUAUCCGCAAAUCCCUACAGAAUCUCAUUGAUGCGGGAACAAUCCCAGCUGGGAAUUCUACCGAUCUCGAUUUCAGAACGUUUUCGGAUCAUGGUCUUUUAUAUAGGCGCUGGUCUGCUGAUCAGCUGCGUGGUGGUAUCUUUGCAAAGGCGAAUGCUCUGCAGGGACAGCGAUCGACUUGGUAUACUGGGGCUUUCUGGAUGAACAAUGAUUGUGUCAUGUUGUGGAACACUACCAACGCCAUCCUGAAGGAGAUGCUCAAGGAUAUUUAGAUGAACGUCUCUUUGUCUACCAAGUUCUUGAGAAUCUGAGGCAUCUGAACUCCCUUCUUUUCACUUCUUGACAGCGGCGAGUAUGGUGCGCCGGAAGUCAAUUCCUGCUCUACCUAGUUUAAAUAUCUAUAUAUUGUUACGAGA